AUGGAUUCUGAACAGUUCCGCAAGCACGGAAAAGAGGUGAUCGACUUCAUUGCAGACUUCUACGAUAACGUUAGAGAACAUGAAAUCACGCCGUCCAUAGAGCCAGGUCAUGUGGCUAAAAGUUUCCCUAAAGAUGCCCCAGAGAAACCGGAUAAUUGGCAGACGGUGUUCGAAGACUUCAGCAGGACCAUCCUCCCGGGAGUUACAUCUUGGAAUUCGCCACAGUUCCACGGUUAUUACCCAUCUGGAGCAUCGUACGCUAGUAUCUUGGGCAGCAUUUUAACUGAAGGUCUCGGGACGGUCGGCGUCACUUGGAUAUCCAACCCAGUAUGCACGGAACUAGAAAUGGUAACGCUUAAUUGGCUUGGCAAGCUAUUGGGACUACCUGAAGAAUUCCUCAACUGUUCUUCGGGACCGGGUGGAGGCGUCAUCCAGGGACACGCUAGUGAAGCGGUGUUCGUGUGCCUCUCAGCAGCCAAAGACAAAAUGAUCCGUAAAUUUAUGUCUUUUAACUCUAGUCUGAACGAGGACGAAAUUAGAAGCAAACUUGUGGCAUAUUCAUCAGAUCAGUCCAAUUCAUCGGUAGAAAAAGGCUUGUCGUCUAGGUUCCGUGAAGAUUCGGCUUCUGAAGGCAGAUAA